AAAAUCCUGAGGAUCCAGAUACGUAUUCUGAUCUGGAUGACUGUUUGGCUCCAUGCGUAGUCCUCCAGACUUUUGAGGAUUCUCCGGAACUGAAGAACUGCUACUGGCAUAACUGCGGCUGAAACCAGAAGGAAAUGAGUUACCUCCUUGCUUGCUUCAGAAUUAAAGAUCCUCACGCAGGAAUAGAAGCCAUGAAAAGACAAAGCUCUGAUCAGGAGCAGGAAGACAUUGAAUUACAAAGAGAAGAAGUUAAUGGGGAAGAAAGUGAGGCUGAUCAUAACGAGCCUCUAAAUUCACGGACGGCUGCAACAAAAAAGAACAGAGAUCACUGGAAAUCGUGCAGCAAUGUCAUUUUCUGGAAGUGUAAACUAUGGAUGGUUAUAGCUACAAUUUUUAUAGUGCUCCUCCUGGUAAUUCUUAUCAGCCUCGUUCUCUAUUCUAAUGUUUACACAGAUGAGGAUGACUAUUGGGAUCCUGAUGCACUACUACAUAGUGGAAACUAUCACAAUUUUUCUGGAAAAUUCAACUUGAAGUGUGGUCUUCCAUAUCUUUUCUCUGAAGAUAUCACUAAGAGGUUAACAGAUGUCUACAGUUCAUCUCCAGCUCUGGGACGCUACUUUAGGUCAGCGCAAGUGGUUUAUUUCAGUAACGAAAGCACUACUGUAUUUUAUCAGCUGGAGUUCUCUGUGCCACCAUCAACAGAGGGGUUUAUGGAAAAUAUAAUGAAUCCAGAGUUUAUAAGGAAUGUUUUACGUCAAAAUAUUUACGAUGAAGAAGAUACUCUUCCUCAUGGGACAUCCGAAUGUACCAAGUUAAAGCUUGACCCAACUUCUCUUACAUUAGCAUAGAAAUGAUGGAAAGACUCCUCUUCUCCCUCGGCUACUUCAAGAGAUUGCCUUCUCAGGUCUAUUAGUAAUCUGAAGGGCUAGGAGCUAUUCAUUAUGUAAAAACACUUCCAGUGAUGUGGAUGUUCUGUAAGUACUGUGUGUGAUGCAGUACAGUAAGCUGAAAAUGUGGUAUAUUUAUAACAGUGUUGUACUCCUAGAACAUUGCUACCUCCUUCUUUACCACUGUCCUGAUAUAUCAGUAACCCGUUUUGAUUUGUUUUUGUGAAAAUCAUGUAUCAUGCUUGAUACAUGCCCCAUUGACUUUGAAACCUCUUCUUUGACCUGCCUUAUGAAUCAGUUCUGCAUUCCUUGCACUUGCUUUAAAAGCAUUCUUGCAUAUGCUUCCUUUCUUCUGCUCUUUGCUUAUCCAAUAUUAUCUGCACAGCUUUAUCCUUCCUACUCACUUCCACCUGUGCUCGUAUCUGUGAUGUUUCCCCUGCUGACUCCCUCAGCCUUGUUUCCCCAUUAUUCUUUCCUCUCAGAGCAACCUGUAAACUUAGAUGCCCCUUUUAUUUUCCUUAGUUACAUGCAAGGCCUUUGCACUAGCUUGUUAAGUGAACUGGGAAUCUCAUCAUCUGCUUGUUCAUCCUAUAGUCUUCUUAGAGAAGGUAUCAUCUGCUCUAUUUUUCUCUUUCAUAAUGUGAAAUAGAAAUGUUCCAAGGGUCCAUCCUCAUCGAUGUGUUGCACAGUGCAUGUGGACAGAUGGAUUUCUGCUCUUGUCAGAGUCCUGCUGCACUUACAUACAAGGAUAUUUCUGAUGAGAUGUAAUGGAAAACUCAGUGGUGUUGCUUGUGUAGCCAGGUAAAGGGCAUCUGGCACAGAGCUAGUAAAUUUAUUUAAAGUGAAUAGACCAAUGCCCUGGAUAAGAGUUGUAUCUUGUUCCCUAAUGCAUCUGAAUGUCCAAGGAAUCUUUCAGAGGUCAAAUAAGCUGCACGCUUUAACAACUGUCUACUGUUAGUCAGCGGUACUUGUGAAAAGACAGCUAUUUGACCUGCAUUUAUAAAUUCAAACACAAAUUAGUCUAGACCCUAAGUUUACCCCCUGCCCCAAGGAGGGGGAGGGUGAUAAAAAUGAACAGAUGCAAGAUUUUUGCCUUAAUAAGGCAGCAAAUACUAGUUCUAGUUGACAAGAGAUUACACAAGAUGGACCAAUGCUAAGAGAAGGGUGCUGAGGCACAUCAUGUAGGCCAGUGUGGCAUGACAGUUACUUACUGGCAAUAACAUCAACAUUUAAAAUUAAGCAUUAGCUUUACUAGAAAUGUGAUGAAUUCACUACCAUGCUAGUGAAAUAUAACUUCUUGUCAUGAAUGCAUUGUUUGAAUUUGUAAUUGUAAACAUGUAUAGCCAGUAUAAAUGCUGGUACUGUUGGAUAGAGAAAUUUAUUUUAACAGACCUUUUGUAUUGUCUUGAGAAAUAGCUCAUGGGAAAUUGUAUUUCUGUUUUUUUUUAAUGUUAUUAGUAUAUUUAAGAAGUAAUCUGAUAAUUAUACUAUACAUUAAAUUAUUUAUUUUUACUCUUAA